AUGUCUUCCCCUGGCGCCAUCGUGGCCGUGGUGCUUGUGGUAUCGUUUGUAGUGUUAAUCACUCCAUUAAAAGGCCAACUGCACAAAAACCUCAAGUACUACGAAACGCUGCACGCAAACGACUUGUCACAUCGGAUAGAGAAGCGCGGCGCCAAGCACAGUAACCAUCCGUUCAACACCAUCAAGGAGGUGGAGUUUCGGGUGUUGGGAAAGAACUUUCGUCUCAUUCUGCACCCGCAAGCAUCCGUGCUGCACAGCAACUUUCGCGCCUACUCAGUCGAUGGUAACGGCAGCGAAUCGAUCGUACACCUCGAUCGAAGUAACUUUUUCAAGGGACGUGUGUUUGGCGAAAUGCAAUCGCACGUCAGUGCCCACAUCGACGAUGGUGUGCUAACGGCAUCGGUCGUACUGCCAGAGGAAACGUACCACAUUGAACCGUCCUGGCGUCAUCUGCCACAUCAGACCGAUCGACGCCACAUGAUUGCGUACCGCGCGUCGGAUAUCAAGUUCAGCUGGGACCACAUCGAUUCGGUUGGUGGUGAACUGGGCGGAGUGCCGAGGACCUGUGGAUACGUAAAGGAAGGACUGGAGCUCGAACAGGAUGACGAAAGCGACGAACAUGCUGGUGAAUUCGACAGUGAACCCACGCCGGAAUCGGUGUGGCAUUCGGAGGAUGCUCCACGUGAAAGCAAACUAAAGCGUCACAAAAGACAGGCCGACCAGUAUGAGUACACUCCGACGAAAACCCGCUGCCCGUUGCUCCUCGUCGCGGAUUACCGAUUCUUCCAAGAGAUGGGAGGAAGCAACACGAAAACCACUAUCAACUAUCUGAUAAGUCUCAUCGAUCGUGUGCACAAGAUCUACAACGAUACCAUCUGGCAAGACCGUUCCGAUCAGGAAGGUUUCAAGGGAAUGGGUUUCGUGAUCAAGAAAAUCGUGGUCCACUCGGAACCGACUAGAGUGCGUGGCGGAGAGGCGCACUACAAUAUGGUACGAGAGAAGUGGGAUGUAAGAAACUUGCUUGAGGUCUUCUCUCGUGAGUACAGCCACAAGGACUUCUGUUUGGCUCACCUUUUCACGGAUCUAAAGUUUGAAGGUGGCAUCCUCGGGCUGGCCUACGUAGGUUCGCCGCGCCGUAAUUCCGUCGGAGGCAUCUGCACGCCAGAAUAUUUCAAAAAUGGCUACACCCUCUAUCUGAACUCCGGACUGAGCAGUUCGCGCAACCACUACGGCCAACGUGUCAUUACUCGCGAGGCGGAUCUGGUGACGGCUCACGAGUUCGGCCACAAUUGGGGCUCGGAGCACGAUCCCGACAUACCGGAGUGCUCCCCGAGCGCCUCGCAAGGGGGCAGCUUCCUCAUGUACACCUACUCGGUCAGUGGGUACGAUGUGAACAAUAAGAAGUUUUCGCCAUGCUCGCUACGCUCGAUCCGUAAGGUGCUGCAAGCGAAAUCGGGACGGUGCUUCUCGGAGCCAGAGGAAUCGUUCUGCGGCAAUCUGCGCGUGGAGGGCGACGAGCAGUGCGACGCAGGGUUGCUGGGGACUGAGGAUAAUGAUGCAUGCUGCGAUAAGAACUGCAAGUUACGCCGCAAUCAGGGCGCGGUGUGCAGCGACAAGAAUUCACCCUGCUGCCAGAACUGCCAGUACAUGAUGGCAGGCGUCAAGUGCCGGGAGGCACAGUACGCAACUUGCGAGCAGGAAGCACGCUGCACCGGUAAUCAUGCCGAGUGUCCGAAAAGUCCGCCGAUGAGCGAUGGCACGAUGUGUCAGGAGAGGGGCCAAUGCCGUAACGGCAAGUGCGUCCCGUACUGCGAGACACAAGGCCUGCAGAGCUGCAUGUGUGACAUCAUAGCGGACGCGUGUAAACGCUGCUGCCGACAGAGCAUCAACGAAACGUGCUUCCCGGUUGAACCUCCCGACGUGCUGCCGGACGGAACACCCUGCAUACAGGGCUUCUGCAACAAAGGGAUGUGCGAAAAGACGAUCCAAGACGUGGUGGAGCGAUUCUGGGACAUUAUCGAGGAAAUCAACAUCAACAAGGUGUUGCGCUUUUUGCGUGACAACAUUGUCAUGGCAGUUGUAAUGCUCACGGCACUCUUCUGGAUACCGGUAAGCUGUGUGAUUGCCUACUUUGACCGGAAGAAAAGAAAAGAGGAUUGGAAAGAGUAUGAGUGGAGUCAGAAACUGGAUCUUAUUCAUCCAAGUGAUCGGCGAAGGGUAAUCCACAUCAGAGUACCAAGACAGAAGAUUACCGUUGCCAGAAUGUAGAACGGGGGAGAAAGGUUUAUGGAUAUCUUCUGUAAACGUCGAUCGAGUAAAUGCAUUAAUUACUAAGUUAGUAUCAAUUGUUUCGAAUAAUUUUGCGCCAUUAGCGACAUGAUUAUCAAUUGAACACAUCCACGUCUUACGAAAGCUACCACACUC